AUGUCUCAAGGGCUUGCUAAUCGUGCUGUAUCUGCAAAGAGGAAGAGAAGUUUUUUAUCCAUUGAGCAGAAAUUAGACAUGAUAGAGAAACAUGAACGUGGCUACUCUGUUACUAGGCUGGCAGCAGAAUUUAAUGUCGGGAAAAGUACGGUGUGUGAUAUCAAGAGACAGAAAGAUGAUAUUAGGAAGUUUCUUGCUUCGAGUGAUAGUGGUGCAUUAAAUAAAAGGAAAACAAUAAAAGGUUCUGCAAAUACGAAUUUGGACAAAGCUGUGUAUAAAUGGUUUAACCAGGAGCGCUCUGUGGGUAUGCCACUUGGCGGCGACGCCAUUAAGACAGCAGCCGAUAAAUUUGCACAAAAGAUGAACAUUCCAGAUUUUCGAGCAAGUGAAGGAUGGUUGCAAAGAUUUAAGAAUAGACAUAAUAUUAAGAACAGGAAAGUUUGUGGAGAAUCAUUAAGUGCAGAUACGGAUUCAGUCGAGCCAUUUAAGCGUAAAUUAAAUGAUUACAUAAUAACAAAUGAUCUAAGGCGUUUUCAGGUAUACAAUGCCGAUGAAACAGGCUUUAAUUGGAAAUGCUUGCAGAACAACACUUUGGCAACUAGGCUAGAUGAGUGUGUUCCUGGCCGUAAGGUAAACAAAGAAAAAGUUUCUGCCAUGCUGUGUGCAAAUGCAGACGGAAAUCACAGAACAAAGUCCGCCAUUGUGGGGAAGUCAAAAAACCCAGGUGCUUUGAAAAAUUUAAUGAACAAGCUACCUGUGGUCUACUACAGCUCUAAAACAGCUUGGUUUACUGGAGAUAUUUUUGUAGACUGGUUCAAAAAUCAUUUUUGCAAAGAAGUAAGAGAUUUUCAGAUAAAGAAGUAUGGAGUGAGACGGAAUGAUGUCAAGGCAUUACUCUUGGUUGACAAUGCCCCAGCACAUGUAGGGCUCGACAAAUUAACGUCACAUGAUGGACGCAUCAAAUGUAUGGCCUUGCCUCCCAAUACCACCUCUCUGAUCCAGCCAAUGGAUAUGGAUGUUAUAUAUGCAAUGAAAAGUCUCUACAAACGAGCAAUGAAUAAAGAAAUCAUGGUUGUGGGAACCGACCUGUGA